UUUGAGGAAUAAAGAUGGCAACGUUGGAAAGCUAUUUUCUAACUUGGCUAGUUAUAAUGACAUACUGUGGUUUAAUGGAAGGUGAAUAUAAUAGUGCACUAUACAUGUUUGUGCAAUUUUUGUUGCUCCACGAUAAAUUGGGCUUUUUAAAUUGCUUUGUUUUAUUUUUGCUUUGUUUUCUUAAUUUUAUCUUAUUUUGUUACGCGUCAGGGGCCGGUUGUUCGAAGGUCGGAUGGCGUUAUCCGUAUCCGGAAUAGUUAUUUUUUCAACCUUUGCAAAAUGCUUGAAAAGCUGUGAAACUGCGGAUAUAGACAACACUAGAAGUAUAAAAAACAUUUAACUUAUAAAUACUAAACUUUAAUACGAGUUGUACCAAUCAACGACUGAUUUAACAAAGCCUGAAAAAAUCACUAUCCGGUGGAUAGCGCUAUCCGACCUUCGUACAACCGGCCCCAGUUCGCCACAAUAAGUUAACGUGGUGUUUGAUCAAUUGCCAAUAUCUCACUUUUGGGGGUGGAAGCGGAAUAACAAAAUUAUAACAUACCUUCCGGAAAGUACGUAAAUAUAGAGCUUCGUUUUUGUGAAUGUGACAUUAGUUAAAGCCCAACGUCUCAGUCGUGAAAACGAGGCUCAAAAGCCAAGGUAACAUACUUUCCGAAAGCAUAUGUGUUGUGACUCAAUCAUUCAUUAUUCAUUUUAAAUCUUUCUACAUUAUUCAUUAUUGGCAGUGGUGCCUAAAUUACGUUGAAUUUGUACUCAAGUAAAAGUAGAAGUAAUUAACAAUAAAACGACUUGAGUAAGAGUAAAAAGUACUGGAGGCAAAACGUACUUAAGUAAAAAGUGCAAAAAAGUAUCCUUAAAAAAUACUUGAAGUACAAAGUAAAAGUAAAAGUACUAUUGCCUGUAGCGUGUAAGGAGGGGACUUCUCCAAUGAUUGAAAUACAAAAGACACAAAACAGCACACGCAUUAUAUGCGUGCACCAUAAUAUAUAAUAUUUCACGGCAUGGUUUACUUUCCAGACCCAUGCUUGUAAGUGAGUCACAAACAAGAGAUCCCAGACGCAUGUAGAGGUCCUAUUACCUAUCUCAAAAUUAGAAUAAAUCGGGAAUAAAUCACAUAAAAUUAAACAAAAGUUAGAAAGUAACGAAAUACUUCGCCACAAAAUGAAAAUAACGAAGUAAAACGUUACUUCUUAAAACGACUUCGUUCCAACUAAAAGUACUCCACAAAAAGUUUACUUUGUUACAUGCUCACUUCUCAAACAUAUAAGUACAGUAACGAAGUACAUUUACUUCGUUACUUGACACCACUGAUUAUUGGUUGUAUUUUUCAAAUUAUUUAUUCAUUAUUUUAGUUUUAAUUUCAUUAUUCUUUUCAUCUUAGUCAUCUAUUCCGUUUUUCAUUGUUCCAGCUUUUUUAAACACAAAUAUUCAUUUUUCUUUUACUUUUACUCUGUGGAUCUGUUAUUCAUGCACCAUUCAUUUUUUCACUCCACCCCCGAUUCACUUAGACAAGUUAGAUUUAAUUAUUUGUGCUGUUAGUUAUAGUUACGCGGGCUUACCCGCGUCAGAUACUAAAUCAUUUUACUUUAUAUUUUCUCUCAGAUUAUCUUUUCUAAAAGGCUUUUUAUUCAAACUUUCAAAUCUGUUAGUUACGCUGGAUUUCUUCUCGACUAGAUAAUUUAAGUAUCUCUGAUUACUUUCCAAAAAAGUUUAAUAUUAUUCAAACCUUUAAAUAAGUCACCGCUGUAUCCGUCUCUUCAUAUCAUCAGUUUUCUUUCACUGACGUAUUAUUUGUACUUUUUCAUUAAGUUUGUCCUCAGCAAACAACGCCGCAGUGUGGCGUACGGGCGUACAAAACUCCUAAGCGAGGGAAGAGGGUGAUAGGUGGAAACAUUGCCUCAAGUAACGCCUGGCCUUGGUUGGUUAAUAUACUGGAUAAGAGUGACUCUCGCCAGUACUGCAGUGGAGUGAUUAUUGAUCAACAGUGGAUCCUUACUGCGGCACAUUGUUUUAUCUUCUACGAAAACAAGAGUGCGAUUACUUUUCCAUUCACAAAUUAUACAUAUAUCGUAGCGGACCACACGUAUAAUGUCACUGAUCCUUACGAGUUCACUGUAGAACCGUUACAGUUGUUUGUUCAUCCCAAAUAUAUACCGGGAGAUGAUGUGAGACCAGGUAUGCUUCCGCAUUCAACUAAGAUAUUCAAAACAAGUGAAUUUAAUGAAAAAUAUAAUGAUAGUAUAUAAUAAUGAUAUAUACCCGCUUUCGUUUGUCGUGCUAUAAUCUUAGACAAUUUAAUUUGUCAUUUUAAAUUACCAUUUAAAUUAUUACAUGCAAUGUUGUAUUUCCUUUUCACAUAAAUGUUGGUGCCUUUAAAAACAAAAUCUUUUUCGCCAUGCCAUGAUUAAUUUGGGGACAGGGGUCUAUAAAAUCGUGACAAUUGAUUGAGUUUCUCAACAGUUUUGUCUAAGAUUGUAGAUCCGAAAGUUUGGGUAUAAAUCAAUAAGUUGAUAUUCAAUCAAUCAAUCAUUCGAUCGAUUCAUCAAUUAAUCAAUCGAUAAAUAAAUAAAACGAUACAUCACCAUACAGGAGUAUAGUAUAAUCAACAGAUGGAAAUUUCGAGCGGAAUAUUAUAUACCGCGGAACGUACGUCAUCUUGGCCAUAGGCACAGAAUAGGAAGGUAUACAGGAAGUCUCACUCAAGCAAGUAUUUGUCCCAUUUUUACAAGCGAUUCGUCAUGAAUCACGCCAUCCUGGCUAGUACAACCGGCACUUUGUACCUAUCAAAACCUGAUAAAAACUGUACUAGCCAGGAUGGCGUGGAUUGGCGUGAGCGAGUUAAAAUUUUCGUGGACGUAAAACAACAAAGGCACUAACCCAAGUUACACUUCUGCUAUACUUUCCUAUUUUGUGCCAUAGGGCCUCGCUUGCGUGUAUGUGAGAUUAGUUGAUCAGUUAAAGCCCAUGCAACGUCUCAAUCCCGAAAACGAGGCUCUAUUGUCAAGAUGACGCACUUUCCGGGAGGGUGCAUUAGAAACGCUCGAAAUUUCCAUCUACAAAAACCCUUCAACUGUAAUAAGUCUGUCGGAUGAGAUGCCCAGAAACUCUCGAUAUGUAGUUAACCAUAAACGUCUUCUUUAUUUCUUUCAAAAUACACUAUUUUCUUAAUUUGCAGGAGAUUACGAUAUUGCACUUAUAAAACUUAAGAACACAUUACGAUUCACCAAACAAGUAAAACAUGCCUGUUUACCAACCGACACUACACGAUUCGAUGCAACGACUUCAUGUUACCUAGCCGGUUGGGGCAAUACAGUGAACAUCGCCGGUUAUCACAGAUCUCCAAUCCUAAGACAAGUUCAGCUUAAGCUUGUACCGUUUAAGGACUGUAACAGCAAAACCGCUUACAAUGGGAUCAUCCCUAGAAGGUUUCGAUGUGCAGGUUACGCUAAAGGAGGGAAAGACGGUUGUUAUGGUGAUAGUGGUGCGCCAUUACAAUGCGACAUUCAAGGAAGAUGGACUGUGGCAGGAAUAAUGUCCUGGGGUGCAGGAUGUGGAACACCAAACCGUUAUGGAAUCUACACAGAUGUACAGCAUUUGUGGCCAUCAUUUAUAAAACCCGUAUUAACAGGUAAGUUGUAAGGCUCUCGGCUACACUAUGCAACUUGUCUCGCAACUUGUCUCGCAUAUUAAGAAAAAUAUUGAGCAUUGCAUUGCGAGCGAUGUUACACCAAGCAUUAUAUUUCAUGCAACUUGCAAUGAUCAUGGUUAAAAAUGGCGUCAAAUUAAAUUGUCAGAAACCAUUCGGCGAACAAACGUUGCGAAGCAAGUUGCAAGGGGGAUGUUCCACUUUGCAAUGGGGGGCGAUGCGAUGGCGGGCAACCCCAGUGGAUUUGACUGCCAUGCUAAAAAAAUUAUUUUGUGGAAAAUUAAUUGGAUUAUAAAAACUCACCUUACUUCAGUAUAUCAAUUGAAACUCUUCUGUUCACAUGUUCACAUGAAUUAAAAUGAGAGUCGUAUUUGGACGUAUUUAGAAAAGAUCAACAUGAUUAUCACCAUGCAAUCUUAUCUUUAACAAUAGGUUCAGUCGAUCAACUUAUCACUUAUCACAAGAGACCCCUAUGUAGAUUUAGAAAGAACUGGAAGGUCGAACAAAAAUCAUUUUAUCUGCUGUUUACAAAGAACAAAACAUUUACCGAUAUCGACUUGGUUCGAAAUCUCCAGCUAACUCCAAUGCAAAUCACACUUCUGAAAAAUAUCACACUGGUAGAUUACGCGUUUGUCAUGAACACUUCUGUGCCAACUUUGAUAUCAAGGACAAGGUCAUUUCCUUUAAAUCAGAUUGUAGCUGGAUUCCAACAACAUUCCAAGAAAUUUGAGAAUUAUGAUAAGAUCAAAAUGUUUGGAAAGAAGAACAACAAAAGUGUAGCUGAUGUUAUCAAAAUGGCGGGGGUAUCUAAAGCUAACUUAUUGAAUGCAGGAAAUCCCUUAACAGCUUUAUAGAACGAAUUGUCUCGUUUGGCAGAACCAUAUUAUUGAGAACGCCCAUUCAUAUUGAACAACAAGCACAUUACAUAUCAUUAGAAAGUAUCAUUAUGAGUUUACCCAUAUAACUAGUUAGUGUAUUACGUUUUAGCCGAAAAUGACUAAACAGUAUAUCAUAUAUAUAAUAUUGCACAUAUAUGAGUUUCAUUAUGCACCAGUAUUGAACAGCAGAUGGUGCCAGUCAUGUGGCAUGAAGUUAUUUCAGUAGAUCUAUAGACUGAUGAUUUAAAUUCAUUUCAUUAUUGUACACAGUACACUGUAGUAGUCAUAUCGGACCUGCAUGAGUGACUGAGUGACGAUCAUGAGCAUAGGCGUACGGGGCCGCUAAAUUCUGGGGGGGGGGCGGUAGCUUUUUUGCCCAAAAAAUUCCACAUUGCCCAAAAAAUUUCGGGAUUCUACCGAAAAAUUAUUUUGGCGACCUCCCCCCCCCCCCGUCGCCAAAAAAAUUUCGGUCAGUGUACCAUUUUAGG